ACAUCCCACUCACACAAACAUACAAAUUUGAAAACACUCACUCUCCUCUUCUUCUUCUUCUUCUUCUUCUUCUUCUUCUUCUUCUUCUUCUCACUUGUCUUCAAACCCUAGUUAAUUUCUCAUUGCUUCAAAUUCAAACCCUACUCUCUCUCUCCAUGAAUUUCUUCAAUUCUCUCUCCUUAGACGACCCACACACCUCUUUUUCCUCCCCACCACCCAAUUCCCGAUCAAACGACCCCUCAAUUUCAUCAAUCACCAAUGUGUGGUCCUUUGGUGACCGCCUCAUCAAAACCCUAGCUUCCAAAUCCAAGUCUCUGAUCGAGAUCUACUAUCGUUAUCUCAAGCAAUUUGCCUCCGGACUGAGGAACGAGACCGCCCUGAUUCAGGAAUUCGCCCUUAAUUUUGGGAACAGAGUCUCCGAGAUCGUAUGUCACGGUAAUAAGGACUCUGUUCUUCUUGCUGGUGAUUCUAAAGAAUUUGAGAAUCUGAAGAAUUCGAGACCGUAUAGUAGGUUUGAUGUGCAAAUUUACAAAAUUCAAUGUGAUUUGAAUACGUAUUGCGAGGAACUGGAGAAUUUAGAGGAGUACUAUAAGUGGGAUUUGCGGUUUAAUUUGGAUGAGAAAGAAUGAGAGAUUGAUGAUUUGAUUGAAGAGAAUGGGAUGAUUGAAGAGAUUUAUAAUGAGGUUGUUCCCAAUAGGGUUGAUCGCGAGACCUUUUGGUGUCGGUAUUUUUAUUGGGUUUGUAAGAUUAAGAAAGCAGAGGAGGCAAGAGCUAGGCUUGUUAAUAAGAGGUCAAUUUCGGUAGAGGAGGAGAAGGAGGAAGAAGAGGAUGAAUUUAGUUUGGAUGUUGAUGACGAUGAUUAUGAAGAGAUUGAUGGGUCUAAGUUAAUGAAUAAUUCAAAACAAAAGGCGGGUGAGAAAUAUUCUUCAGAAAAGAUUGUUGUCGAGAGGUCUACCAUUGAAAGUGAAGAAAAGAGUCUGAAACAAGAAGAAGAUAAGGGGGUUGUUUCUGAAUCCAAAAGUGACAAUGGGGUUAAUGAGAGAGUGCAUUUGGAUGAUGGAUCUGAAUCAAGUGGCAGCAUGUCGAAGGCAAGAUCUGAUGAAUUGGAUUCGGAAAGAAAGACAGAAAAUGGCGGAUCGUGUAAAGAUAGUGACUUUUCCGAUGUCUCAAGCCAACCAUCAUUAGUACCUGAGGAAGAAGAAGAUUUUGGGUGGGAUAAGAUCGAAGAUAUUGAUAGCAUUUGUACGGGGGCGAAAUAUCCAGUGCUUUUCGUACUCCUUGGACUCAAGGUUCUCGUGACGGCGUCUAACCUAGCAACACAGAAACGGUGA